AUGUUGAGCAAGGGUGUGAUCGUGGGGCUGGUGGCGUUUGUGUUAUCGGUGGAAAUGCCGCCCUUAGCCGAGGGUGCUAGGGUGCUGGCCAUUUUCCCGUCACCGGCCCGUAGUCACCAGAUCGUGUACCGGGCGUUCAUGGAGGGCCUUAUCGAGCGAGGCCACGAGCUAACGAUCAUGACGACAGAUCCCUUUGCGAUCGGACAUCCGAACGUGACCGUGAUCGAUUGGAGCUACGCGUAUCGGAUCGUACAGGAGCACCUGGACGUGGUGGACAUGAAGCAGCGAGAUAUGAAUUUUUACCAGAUCGCGGCCCAGCUGCGUAAGGUGACAAGGCUUUUCCUGGAAGCGGAACUGGCGCAUCCAGCCGUGCAGGCGCUGAUCCACAGCCGCGGAGAGCACUUUGAUGCGGUGAUCGUGGAGUUCUACCAGUUCACGCCGAUGUACGCGUUUGCGGAGCUGUUUAACGCUCCCAUGAUCGGCAUCAGCUCGAUCGACUCGAUGGGAAUGUGCCACGAAGCGAUCGGGAACGUGAUGAAUGUGGUCGCACAUCCUGAGAUGAACCACAAGUUUACACGCGAUCUUAACUUCUUCCAACGUGUGGUGGCCGUUGUGUCGAACUUGGUCAUUCAGUACCACAUCCUGCCGACCGAUUUCGCCGUGUUCGAUCGCAUGAUCGAGCACAAUUUUGGUGGCAAUAUGACGCGCUCGUGGGAACUGAUGCGUCGGAUCGACUUCCUGAUGGUGAAUGCAGCACCUAGCUUAGGAUAUGUGAGACCGAUCCUGCCUAACGCGAUUCAGCUUGGAUUCCUACACAUCCGGCCACCUCAACCGUUGCCAACGGAUCUGCAGAUGUACCUCGAUCGGUCUGAGAACGGUGUUGUGUACUUUAGCCUGGGAACGCUCAUCCGCAGUGACUCGCUGAACCAGCGCAACAUCAACCUGUUCCUUGAGGUGUUCCGAUCGCUCCCGUACGAUGUCCUGUGGAAGCACGAUGGUGAUCUAGACCUCAACGGUACUGCGAAUAUUCGGAUGGAACGAUGGCUUCCACAGCAGGAUCUGCUAGCGCAUCCGAAGGUGAGAGUGUUUGUCAUGCAGGGCGGCCAGCAGUCGAUGGAGGAGGCAAUAGACCGACACGUUCCGCUCGUGGUGAUACCGUUCAACUUUGACCAGUUCGGCAACGCGGACAAGGUGGUCGAGCGCGGGAUUGGCCGGUCCGUGUGGAUGGAACGGCUGACUGUGGAGGCGCUACGCGAAAGCAUCAUGGAUGUGGCCAGCAAUAAGCGGUAG